GUUAAAAUUAUGCUAUUAUUAAAUAAAUAUUUAAUGAAUAUGAAACGUAGAGUAAAUGUCAUCGAUGGUCCUGUUUUAACUUUUGUAUACUUGACAAUGCUUUAUUUCUUAGACGCACGGAACAUUGCUGGCUAUAUUAUAGCUGUUAUAAUAAAGUUCAUAGGACAACAAGGUUAUCUCGUGAGACUUAGUUUUAUUACUUGAUAAAGUAACAACAACGCCAAGGCCAUUUUAUCAAUUGACUAUAUUUGUCGUCAGUGUAACAUUCACUCUUGCAACGUACGUAUUUUUCGAUUUGGUGCAUUAUUUUAAUCGAUCUUAUACAACAUACUUCCAAAUGAGCAAAGAGAUUCAUUUCAUUGGCGUGGAUGUGGGCUCUGGCAGCGUACGAGCGGCGUUGGUUGAUGACAAAGGUCAUGUCCUCAAUUCAUGUGUUAAGGAAAUUCAGACGUGGAAACCUAAACUUGAUUAUUAUGAACAGUCAUCCAAUAAUAUCUGGGAAUGCUGUGUGUUUGUCAUAAAGAAUAUUAUUAAAAAUGUUAAUCCUGCAAGUAUCAAAGGCAUCGGAUUUGAUGCCACAUGCUCCUUGGUAGCUUUAGACAAACAUGGCAAUCCACUCUCUGUCGGCACAAACAACAAUGAACAAAAUAUUAUCAUGUGGAUGGACCACAGGGCGCAGGCUGAAGCAGAUUCAAUAAAUAAAACUAAUCAUGACAUGCUGAAAUAUGUAGGUGGGAAAGUGAGUCUUGAAAUGGAAAUGCCGAAAUUACUUUGGUUGAAGAAACACCUUCCAAAUAAGUGGGAUGAGUAUGGAUACUUUUUUGAUCUACCAGAUUUCCUUACAUGGAGAGCUACUGGUUCAUUAAGCCGUUCCCUGUGCUCUUUGGUUUGUAAAUGGAAUUAUGAGUGCUCUAUAGAAGGGAAACAGGGUUGGAAUAGAGACUUCUUACGAGAGAUCGGACUGGAAGACUUAGCUGCAGAUAACUUUAAGAAAAUUGGAAACAAAGUCCUAAUGCCCGGUGAGCUCUGUGGUGGUCUAACAACCGAAGUUGCUGAUAUAUUGGGACUGAAACCUGGUACUCCAGUUGCCACAUCCAUUAUAGAUGCCCAUGCUGGAGGUUUGGGCAUGAUAGGCACACAUGGAGAAGGAAUAGAUAAGGACAUGUCCUCCCGCCUUAGUCUAAUUUGUGGGACUUCUACAUGUCAUAUGGCUGUGAAUAAGAAGGCUGUCCUUGUCCAAGGUGUGUGGGGACCGUAUUACAGUGCAAUGGUUCCAAGCAUGUGGUUGAAUGAGGCUGGACAGAGUGCUUCUGGAAUGUUAUUGGACCAUAUAAUAUCAAGUCAUCCUGCUGGUGCUGAACUGCUUAAAGCCAUAUCUUCAGGCGAUACCCGCAAUCACUUGAGGAGUUUACUCACAAAAAUGGCAAGAUUGGAAGGAUAUAAUAAUGUCAGUUAUUUAACAAAAGAUGUUCAUGUUUGGCCUGAUUUUCAUGGCAAUCGGUCGCCGUUAGCCGACCCUUCAAUGAGAGGAAUGAUCUGUGGACUAUCUAUAGAUAAAAGUGAAGCAAACUUAGCCUUACUCUACCUAGCCACUAUGCAAGCUCUGUCGUAUGGCACCCGCCACAUUGUAGAGGCGCUGGUUCUGGCAGGGUAUGAGCCAUUUAAAUCCUUGCUUAUUUGCGGCGGUAUUACGAAAGAUCCACUCUUCGUCCAAAUUCAAGCUGACUCUAUGGGUCUUCCUAUCCUGAAGCCCCACGAAAAAGAUUCUGUGUUAGUUGGCUCUGCUAUACUAGGAGCCUGUGCUUCCCAACACUUCCAUAAUGUACAAGAUGCUAUAGAAAAUAUGGGUGGAACAGCAGAAGUCAUACAGCCUAAUUUAAGCACAAAAAUAUAUCAUGAUAAGAAGUACAGGGUCUUUCUAAGAAUGUUCCAAGACCAGCUGAAAUAUAAAACUAUUAUGACUUCAAAUCUGUAACAACAUUAAUGUUGUGUUUAUUAAUUCGGAUGUCAGGGUGAUUUUUUUAAUAGAUAUUAAAUUCUGUUAUCUGCAAAUAAAUAAUAUAUAAUUAUU